AUGUCAGUGUCCCCCAUUCGCCUGCUUGUGGUAGUGGGGAUGGUCUAUCGAGCGUGGUCUCGAAGAUCUCUCACACCGCUCGGUCUCGUUGUCGCCGGCACUUCGGGAAUCGCACAGGCCCUUCAUCCGUGGGCGACGCCGUUGACUCUGCUGCUGGUCUUUUACCUGGGAGGAACCAAGGCUACAAAGGUCAAACAUGACAUCAAAGCCCGAAAGACGCUUUCCGCUACGGGUUCCCAAGGAGGCGAAGGCGCUCGCAACCACCUCCAGGUCCUCGCCAAUUCUGUCGUGGCCACGUGUCUCAGCAUCGCUCACACCGUCUAUUUCUUGAGGAAUCCCUCUGCAGCCUCAUGUUUCAGUUUCGGUCAUCAUCCGGCCGACAUUCUCAUGGUUGGAAUCGUCGCUAACUACGCUGCCGUCGCCGCCGACACAUACUCCUCUGAGUUGGGCAUCCUCGCCAAGUCGAACCCGCGUCUCAUCACCUCGCUCACUCUUCGUGAAGUGCCCCCCGGUACAAACGGCGGCGUGACUGCCGCCGGACUAGGUGCGGGUCUCCUGGGCGCAUUCUCCAUCGCUCUGACCUCCGCGAUCAUUCUCCCAUCCUGUUCAAACGGGCCACAAAUACAAGCGCGCGUGAUCUGGACCCUCGCCAUCACUCUCUGGGGCCUGCUGGGUAGUAUUCUGGACAGUGUCCUCGGUGGCCUUCUCCAGGCCAGCGUUGUCGACAAGAGAAGCGGCAAGAUUGUGGAAGGAAGUGGUGGGCGAAAGGUUCUUAUCCACCCGGGCUCUACCUCACGUGCAACUAAUUCUGGCGACGGCCUUGUCACUCAGCAAUCAGGGGCCGCGGGUGCACACAUUCGCAAGACCGAGGCCGUCGCCAACGCGGCGACGCUGCAUGGAAGUCGAGCUACCUCUGGUACAUCUGCAUCGACGGGCUCGAAGGAGGAAGAACAUGCCCACGAGAGCCGGCGGAUUGAAAGUGGGCGCGAUUGGUUAGACAAUAAUGGGGUCAAUGUGCUGAUGGCGUUCCUCAUGAGCGUGGGCGCCAUGGGUGCUGCGCAGCAGCUGUGGGGAGUUGAUGCGUGGGAUCUAUGGGCGUAG